AUGAUUAACGUUUAUGAAGGAAUCAAAGGAGUAAAGAAAGUUAAAAGUUUAUCAAAUGAAGAUAUACAAAAUGCAACACAAUUGGGAUCAUUACCAUCAGGUGUAACUGUACUAUUAACAAAAUCUCAUGUAGAAUUCUCUGUAGCAUUAGAAGGAAAAAGACAACAAACAGACGAUGUUGUUUGGUUAGGUUUUCAUUAUAGUAGUUCAUUUCAAAAGUUUCAAAAAUUAUUUGCAAAAUCAUUACAAAAUCCUAGUUUUGAAAAUAUUCAAGCUUUAUUACAUAAAACAUUAACAACAAAAUUUGAAGAUCCAUAUUCAUCACCAUUAUAUAUAACUGGAACCAAUGAUUCAAAGGCAUAUUGGACAGUGUCAUUACCAGAUAAAUCGAUAUUUGGACAUAUCCCACUUCACCGAUCCGAUUCAUUUCACAGCCUUCAAUCCUACCCUAUUAUUCAUUUAGAGUUUUCAGAUAUGCAAGUCAUCAUUGGUACCGAUUUGGAUAGAAAUCAAUUAUUCCCAUCCUAUCCAAACAUUGAUACACUCUACACUCAAACACUUCGAAAUAUAGAUCCAAUCUUUUCUCAACAUAAAUGGUCUUCAACUGUAAUCCCAAGUAUUAAAUCUAACGAAGAUAAUAAUCAAAAUAAUAAUAAUAAUAAUAAUAAUUCAUCCUCUUCUUCACUUCAAAAAACAUUUUUAAACAAGAAUCAAUUUGAUUUGGAAAAAUUGUCAAGAUGGUUUUUAAAGAAAUUUAAUCCUGUUCAUCCAUUGACAUUUGUGUAUGGAGUGUCAUUUUAUAAAAAGGGAGUGACCAAGACCAUCGACAUGAUGACACUAAAGUCGUCGACCUCUGGUAAAUCGUAUAUUGUCAAUUUGGUUCAUACAUUCCGUCUUUCACCUCAACUCGAUUACUUUAAAGACACUGAGGCACAAAAGAGCUAUGAAAUUGAAAAUCUUCCCAAAUACAUUGCUUCCUUUUCAGAUUUGGAACGUGAUUGUCAAAUCAUCAAAAACCUCAUCCCUUCCACUUCAGUCUCCAUCUAUAAUCCAUUUUUCGAAAAACAUACUCAUCGUAAAUCAAAUAUUCCUUCUCCUCUAACUUUGGAAUCAACUUUUUUUAAUGAACCAGUAAAUCAAAAUCAAAAUAAUCAAAAUAAUCAAAAUCAAAAUACACAUAAAAAUCAACAACCUAAACAAAAUAGAAUAGAUGACAAUAUUAAUAUUGAUUUAUUAGCAAAUAUAAUUGGUAAAUCAGUAUUUGAUUUUAAUCAACAACAAUUCUAUUCACAUGUGAGACACUCAUUCUUCUCGACAACCAUUCUUUCCUCCUCCUCCCCACUUCCUACUACAUCAUCAUCAUCUUCUUCUUCUUUAUCAUUAUCUAUUCCAUACAAUUAA